AUGGAGUAUUCAAAUGAAACCUCUGGCAGCAGUUUCUUUCUCCUCAGCCUUGCCGAUUCACCAGAUCUAAAGGUCUUAUACACCCUAACCUUGCUUAUACUAUACAUACUUACAUUGUCAGUAAACUCUCUUCUUAUUGUACUGGUGAGAAUCAAACCUCAUCUCCAGACCCCAAUGUAUUUUUUCCUAAGCAACAUCUCCGCUGUUGAUAUUGGUGUUCCUUCUUCAACGAUUCCUAAACUCCUGGUCAUCACAUCAUCUCAGGACAAAAGCAUUUCAGUGUUUGAAUGUGCUGCACAGAUGUAUGUGCUUUCAGCUCUAAUAACAACAGAGUGUAUCAUGCUAGCCAUUAUGGCAUAUGACAGAUAUGCAGCCAUCUGUAAACCACUGCAAUACCACACAAUUAUGAACAUGAGAUUCUGUAUUGGCAUAGCUGCUUCCUGCUGGGCUGCAGGCAUUAUCAACUCAAGUGUCCACAUCCCAUAUACCUUCAAGCUGCCUUAUUGCAGGUCCCACCAUAUUGAUCAUUUUUUCUGUGAGAUACCCCCUAUAUUACAAUUGUCUUGCAAAAAUACUUGGUUUCCUAGGGUCACAGUGUACAUUACAGCCUUCAUAGUUGGCCUCUGUGCCUUCCUCUUGACGAUAAUUUCAUAUGUAUUUAUAAUCUCUACUAUUCUCAAGAUCCGCUCCACUGAAGGAAGACAUAAAGCCUUCUCUACUUGUGCAUCACAUCUUAUAGUGGUCUCUCUCUACUAUGGGACUCUCAUAUUCAUGUAUUUACUUCCACGCACAGAAUACUUUUCUGAGACAGACAAAAUUAUGUCCAUUACUUACACAGCUGUGUCUCCACUGCUGAAUCCCAUCAUCUAUAGUAUAAGGAAUAAAGAUAUCAAACUCGCCAUUAGAGGAAAACCGACUAAAAAAGAUGCAAUUUCACAAUAA